AUGGCACAACCAAGCAGCUCACAAUAUGCGUCAAUCGACCCGACAUUAAAAAAGCUGGCGCAAUCAUUGAAUGCAUCAGACUCAAGUUCAGCCGCUGAGAUUGCCAAUGCUCUGGCAUUGCUCCUGGAUGGGAAGCUUAGUGAAACCCAAGCUGCCGCUCUGCUCAGUUUACUGCACCACCGAGAGAAAGACAAGCAAAUUGUCGUUAUUUUAGAGUGUAUUCGCUUGCUGGCCGCGGCACAGGUAAAAGUCGAUACGGCUGCAUUAAACAGGGUCGUUUCGGGCCGAAACCUAGCUCGCGGGAAAUACCAGGGUGGACUGUGUGAUAUCUCCGGAACAGGAGGGAAUGCGACGGCUGUCAUUUCUGUGGCUGCCAUGGCGUCCGUCGUUGCAUCAGCGAAACUGCUCAUCGCCCAGCAUGGCUACUUGAGCGCUACGUAUCCAGUCUCCUCGGCUAACCCUGAGGACAUCAUCAGCAACAUCGAACCGAACGCCCCGCUCCUUGCAAUGGUCACAGCAAACCACAUCCCCAGAAUCUACAAGCAUAGUAACUAUUUGUUUCUCCCAGAGCGCAAUUUCUUUCCACAAAUGCAACACGCCAAUCGCAUUCGGUUGGGACUGGGGAUCAGGACGAUAUUCGACCUAACCAGCACAUUACUCCAUCCACUGCAUGCCAGCUGCGGCCUGGAGGCCCGAGUAGUCGGCGUAGCGAAUCCAGUCCUUGGUCCUGGUUCAACCUCAUGUUGGAUGCUUAUGGAUCCACCUGCCGAGGCCACCAGUCCAGGAAUACAGCACUUUCGCCUGCAGCCCAGGGAUUUUGGGCUGUCGGAGAAUCCAUUGGCCAGUAUUCAAGCGAAAGGUAGUUCCGAGCAGGAGGCUUGUGUUCUCUCGCAGUUGCUACAUAAUCAGUUGUCUGGUGAUGACCCUCUUUUGCAGUGUGUGCUUAUGCAUGUGGCCGCGCUGUUUGUUACUUCUGGGGUCUGUGAUACAUUGCAAGAGGAUGGCGUUGCAGAGACGGGCCCCUGUGGCGGUAGAUGGAAGGAAGGUGCCCGUCUCGCGAGGUCUUGUAUUAUGAGUGGCGAGGCUCUGAAGGGUUUUGAAACCUUUGGCUACGUGACGAGUCGGUUGGAAUAG